UACAACGGGAGUAAACAGUCGCCAUUUCUAGAAAGUAAGAGGAAUAAAAACUGAACAGCUGAAAGAGUAUCGAAUGGCUUGGCAAUAGCCCGGCAAGUGAUUGUUUGAAGUAUAACGCCUGUGAAUACCUUGUGCUGUUCUGCAGCCCAGAUAGUCAAAUAAUUGGUGAAGUGAGGAAUAAAGAACAGGCGCCUCCAAAAUCAUUACUCUACCACGUCUCUGGGCCUCCACGCUGGGGAACACUGGCACAUUGGACAGGAGCUAGCUAAAGCUAACAGCUAGGUGACUGACUGGCUAGUCAGUUCUCUAAUUGGUCCCUCUGGAUUGUUUCAGCCCUGAAGAUAAUUAAUGAUACAUCUUUAAGAUGAUUAUUGAAAACCUCGAUGCCUUGAAGACGUGGCUCUCCAAAACGCUUGAACCCAUAUGUGAUGCAGACCCAUCUGCCCUUGCCAAGUAUGUUGUCGCCUUGGUAAAGAAAGAUAAGUCGGAGAAGGAAUUGAAAGCACUAUGCAACGACCAGUUGGAUGUAUUUCUACAGAAAGAGACCCAAAUAUUCGUGGAUAAACUUUUCGAAGCUUUGAAUUCAAAGAGUUAUCUACCUCAGCUUGUCCCCGAGCAGCCUGCCUCUACGAGCCGCCCAGCCGACUCGCACCAGCGCACAGACAAGGAUGAGCCAAGAAAGGAAGAGCCCAGUCGUGAGGAGGACCGAGAUAAAAAGUUCUCCAGGAGGGUGAACCACAGCCCCCAGCCCAGUCGCUACAGUCGGGACAGCAGGAGAGUUGACGACCGUAAGAAGGAUGACCGCACUCGGAAGCGCGAGUACGAGCGUAACCCGCCCAGGCGCGACUCGUACCGCGACCGUUACAACCGCCGACGGGGCCGCAGCCGCUCUUACAGCCGCAGCCGGAGUCGCAGCAAAGAGCGCCCCCGUGACCGAGACCGCGAGCGGGACCGUGACCGUGAGAGAGACCGCGAUCGCACGUGCAGCCGCUCACGAUCUAGAAGCCCUGGCCGCAGCAGAGAGAGGGAUUCUGGGAAGAGCAAGUACGAGCAUGACCGGGUAGACCGGCCAGAAGGAGGGCCACCUGAUGCUUACUCAAACCCGCCCCUCCUUCCUGCCCCCUCCUCCACCCAUUUCCCCGUCCCCACGCUCAGCAGCACCAUCACAGUCAUCGCCCCCGCCCACCACGGCAACAACGUCACAGAAACCUGGUCUGACUUCCCUCCAGACCACCAGCUGGACCACCCGCCCUACCCCAGAGGACCUCCGCCUCCACAGAGGAAACGCUGCCGUGACUAUGAUGAGAAGGGCUUCUGCAUGCGAGGUGACAUGUGUCCUUUUGACCAUGGCAGUGACCCUGUGGUAGUGGAGGACGUCAACCUUCCCAGCAUCCCCCUCUUCCAGCCACCCCCGGACGGCCCACCUCCCCCCGGCCUGCCACCUCCCCCGCCCCUGCUGCCACCUGUCAACCUCAGGCCGCCUGUGCCCCCUCCAGGCACCAUGCCCCCCAGCCUCCCUCCAGUCGCAGGUCCCCCACCCCCUCUCCCAGCACUGCAGCCCUCGGGCAUGGAUGGACCCCCCAAUUCCGUUACCAGCUCAGUGCCCACCAUUGUUACAUCAGGGGUGAGACCCCCCAUCACACAGCCCCCUCCCCCUCUCUUCACCCCUGACUCCUUUGAGCCAGAUGGAUACAAUCCAGAGGCUCCCAGCAUGAGUGGCAGCAGGCCCAUCUUCCGUCACCGUGGCAACGCACAGAGACCUAACCUGAUUGGCUUGACGAUGGGAGGGGUGGACCUUCCGCCACGAGACAAGAUGUCCAACAGCAACAACAUGCGCAUUGUUCUGGAGUCGGACUCCAGGAAGAGGUUAGGUGGACCCCACGAUGGACUGGGGCCAGUCAAGAAACCCUGGCAAGAAAACAUGCACAGGCCGAGCUACAUACAUAAGCCCAAUCACCAGGGCUUCCAUAACAAGAAUCCCUUCAGCCUGGCCAACACCAAACUGGACGUCCGCCUGAUCCCGCCGGAGCUCAACAACAUCAGCAAACUCAAUGAGCACUUCAGCAAAUUUGGCACCAUUGUUAACCUGCAGGUGGCCUAUAGGAAUGACCCAGAGGCGGCUCUGAUCCAGUUCUCCACCUAUGAGGAGGCCAAACGGACCAUGCUGAGCACUGAGGCCAUCCUCAACAACCGCUUCAUCAAAGUCAACUGGCACAGAGACGACCUCCCACAGACACACACUUCCCAAAACAUGCAGAAGGGCAUCCAGCCUUCCCAGGAUCCUCCAGGGACGACCCUGAAGCAGUCGGUCAAGGACCGCCUGGGCCCGCUGCCCGCCGGCAACGCUGAGCUGCCACAGGACCCCAGCAACGCCUCACAGAAUGCUUCAAAGUUGUCUGUAAAGGAAAGGCUAGGGUUUCCCCCUAAACCUGUGGCUCCAGGAGGACAGGUCUUCUCUACGUCUACGGGGCUGACAAAGACGGUUUACAACCCAGCAGCACUCAAAACAGUCCACAAGGGGGCGUUCAUGGGCACAGCCAGUCCUGAGGAAGCACUGAAAAGAAAGCAGGAAGCCUUCAAGCUGCAGCAGGACGUGAGGAAGAAGAAGCAAGAGAUCCUGGAGAAGCACAUCGAGGCCCAGAAGCUGCUGAUCUCCAAGCUGGAGAGGAAUAAAACCAUGAAGGCGGAGGACAAGGUCCAGAUCAUGGUCACUCUGACCACUCUAACAGGGAGCAUCACCAAACUUCAGGAGGAGAUCAAAGGCCUCUCCAGUCCCGGCUUGCUCAAGGGGAUCAAGAGCAAAGCACAGGCACAGAAGGAGCUCCUGGACACAGAAAUGGACCUCUACAAGAAGACCCAGGCUGGAGAGGAUACGGCCCAGCUGAAGAUCAAAUACACACAGCUCCAACUUGAGGCAGCCAAGCGGGGGCUCCUGGCUCCAGGGCGGGGCAGAGGGGCUCAUGUGAGGGGCCGUGGGGGCAUGAGGGGUAGGGGCCGUGGGAUGAGGGGCCGGGGGCGUGGGGCCCAGUCUAUGCAUACAGCGGUGGACCACCGGCCCCGCUCGCUGGACAUCAGCGGCUUCAGCGACGCAGACCGCGUAGAGCUGCUGCCACACUUUGCACAAUUUGGGGAUAUUGAGGACUGCCAGAUGGAAGACUCCAGCCAGAAUGCCAUCAUUACCUACAGGACACGUUGUGAAGCAGAGCUGGCGGCAAUGCAUGGUGUGAGGUUUAACAACCAGCAGCUGCGUCUGUCAUGGCACAAGCCGCCCGUGCCGCUCACCUCCUGUGACCUUGAGGAGGCUGAGCCCGAGGAGGAGGAGUUCCAGGAGGACUCGCUGGUGGACGACGCGCUGCUGCAGGACGACGAUGAAGACGACGAUCACGAGUCACGCCCGUGGAGGAGAUGAAGCGAUAGGGAGGAGGAGGAGGAGGAGGAGGACGUGGAAGGCCCUGCACUGAGCUCAGCUGUGCUGUGCUGUCAUUCCCCUCCCAGCUCUUGACAUUGUUUUUAAUAAUCUAGUCACAUUUCCUUUACUGUUAUUAACUCCCUAGACCAGACGUGUGCUACAGAAGUGGGUAGGGAGGGGUGGGGGGAGAAGUGUGCCAGCGGUUGAAGUGUGUGUGAAAUUUGACUCAUGUAUAUACCACAACGUUACUUUCUGGUUAUUUUUUUAUGCUGUAAAAAAACAAAGUUGAAAGUAUCCUUUUUGGUUUGAAGGCUUGCUUGUGGAAGUUUUUUUUUUUUUUUGAUAAUGUCCGACUGAAUUAUUUGGGUACAUUAUGACUGUGAUUAUGGGUUGACUGCAGACUGGUUUGUGUUAAGGCGUUUGCUAGAUGAUGAGGAUGAUGAAAAAGGGGUGCUUUAACAGAAGUUUAGAAAUUAAGAGUCUCAUAGUCCAGCCUUGUUGCAUUUGAUGUACAUAUUUUAUGUCUUAAAUUUUAAUGAUUUGUAUGACUGCUCUUGUACGCUUCUGGAUUCUUGGCUUUCAUUUUGAAAUGUAAAAAAAGAGAAAAUAAAGAAUUGAAAUGGUCUGAAAAAAAUCAGCUACCAAAAGAGAGAAAAGAAAAAAAGAAAAGAAAAAGAAAAAAAAGACAUUGGAAAUAACAUCUGCCUUAAAUGGCCAAAAAAGAUGAGAAAAAAAGAAAAGAUGGAAAAGCUGAAAAAAAUAAAGACCAUUUCAACCCCCCCACCCCCCAGAUCUCACCCAAAAGCAAUAUUCCAAGUGAAACAUCCACAAUUUGUGGAAUUACACUUUCCAUAUUCCAUUGAGUCCGAGUCCGAGUGGUCUGGUAAGUUAUUGAGGCAUGAACCAAGGUAAGACAAAGCUUUAAAUAGUUAUGGCAUUUCUGCAUCGACUCAUUCAUUUGCUUUGAUCAUCAUAUAAUAUAUCUAGUAAUAUAUCUGUUUUCAUUACACAGAUGACCACUUACUCUCGUCUCUUGUUUCUCCUUCGCUAGCUCCACUUCAGAGGGCUCAUGGGGGUGACGCUGCUCUACCCAUCUGGUCAACUAGAAGACUUCAGACAACCUGGACUGUUUAUUAUUUAUGAUUUGUUACUGUCUGUAUACACCACUAUGUUGCAACUUUGAAAUGGAUAAUUUGAAAAGUAUUUUUUUAAUAGAGAAAUAUACCUAAUUCACCAUCA